AGUAGUUUUGGUACAGCCAACAUGGCGCUUGUGUCGCGCCUUACAAAUCGGUUCGUCUGGUUUUGACUACCAAUGCCUAGGACAGAAGAUCACCAUUUCCAUGCUGUUGCCGGGCCGCAACGAAGAUGUCUCUAUUGGAAUCAGAAGAUAUUCCUUUGGAAGUGAUCAAAAGUAAAAUAGACGGGCUUAGAAACUUCCUCAAGAUUUCUCUUAGUAUAGCCAACGCGCACACAGUCGACUUCUACACUUGUAACGUUUGGGAAGACUUUAUUGCAGUGCCACCCGAGAGAGUGUUGUCCAUUAUCAGUUCCAACUGUCACCAGAGGCCGGAGACAGAGAAUCGCAGAACUCAGUCCUGUGAGGUUCCCUCAGGAAAAGAUAGGAGCAGUUUUGGUUUCUGCGAUGACUCGAAGCGGCUGGUGGACGUGGCAACGCUUCUUGACGCGGCUAAUCGAUACGCUCUUCCGGGCCUGGGAGUCUGUGUCCCGCUGCCGAAGAUAAUGCAGACCCUCGGAGAACACCAAAGAGUUCUGCCAAGCGCAAAAGAUGUCCCUCUGGAGCCGGAGGAAUUCAUGAACUCCAAGAAGUCGCACGAGGUGCAGAUCAUGUCCGGAGUGGUGGCCAGCCUGGCUCGGCACUGCCGUGUGAGACAGGUCAUAGACGUGGGCUCAGGCAAGGGCUACCUGUGCUCCUUCCUGUCUCUGCAGUACGGCCUGCAGGUCUACGGGAUCGACUCCUCCAGCGGCAACACCCACGGGGCGCAGGAGAGGAACAGGAAGCUGCAGAAGUACUCCCGCGCGUACCAGCGACACCGCAAAGCCAGGACCGCCGUCUGCGGAGGAGGGGAGAGAGCGAGGGAUGGGCUGGGGGAAGAGAGAGAGCGCCCUGAGCCGGGAGGAGAGAGCGAGGAGAGACUAGCACGUGACGAGAGAGAGCAGGAUACGGAGGCCCUCCUAACCUUGCCCUCGGAACCAGCCGUUGCCGUGCCACCGGAGGAGGACUCGCCCGAGGGGAACUUGAGCGACGCUCCGUCCACAGGCGUGGACGGGGUCGCCUCCGAUUCGGAGAGCCCCUUCCCCUUCCUGGGGGUCCUGUCCCCGGAGCUGGUGGAGCUGCCGGCCCCCCGGGUGCCCCCCGCCCGGCUGAGCCUGGAGGAGAGGGAGAGGAGGAAGAGGGAGAACCUGGAGAGGAAGAGGGCGGGCAGGGACGACCGGGACGGCCUGUUCUCCCCCCUCACCUCCUACGUCACCGCCCAGACUGAGCUGUGUGACAUCAUCACGCACCUGGAGGAUGCGAUGUUGGUGGGCCUGCAUACGUGUGGGGAUCUCGCCCCCAGCACACUGCGUAUGUUCACCGCCAAGCCAGAACUGAAGGCCGUCUGCAGCGUGGGCUGCUGCUACCACCUGCUGUCUGAGGAGUUUGAGCCGUCCUGCACAGAGUCUGAAAGCAACCAGUGGGGAUUUCCCAUGAGCCACCACCUGAGAGAGCCCGCCUGGUUCUGUGGACGAAACGCCAGGAUGUCCGCAUGCCUGGCUUUGGAAAGAGUCAGCGCUGGUGGAGGGCUCCCCAUAGAGUCGCUCUUCUACCGAGCCGUCCUCCACGUUAUCCUGAGGGACCACUACUCCGCCUUUAAGAGUGAGAAGCGCGUGGGCAAUGUCUACUCCAAGUCGGCCUCCUUCGUGGACUACGUCAGGAGAGCCCUCCGAAAACUGGGUCUGGACGAGUCAAAGAUGUCUGACAGCCUGAUCCAGGGCUACCAUGACAAAUACAGCCCCAGGAGGCCGGAGAUGCAUGCCUUCAACAUGCUGAAGGUGUCCUUGGCCCCCUGCAUCGAGGCCCUGAUCCUGCUGGAUCGCCUCUGCUACCUGAAGGAGCAGGCGAACACGUCUUUUUCAGCUGUGGUGCAACUGUUCGAUGCGCUGACGUCGCCACGGUGUUACGGAAUUGUCGCCGUAAAAAAGCAGAGCUAGUGAACAUUCCGAAAACUUCGUUUUUUUGUCGAGCACCAUCCAAAGAACUUUUCCACUAUCCCAAGGCCAAUUCCCAAUUGCGAUUUACAUAUUUACUGUAUAUGCUAUGAAAGACAACUCUUCAGGUGGAUUCUGGCCAGAGUGUCUAAAUAAAUCACGUUCGGGAGCUA